AAAUCCAUGAUAUAAUAGCACAACCUGGUUGAAAGAGUUUGGUCUUUAGAAGCACAUGGGUCAGUUGUCUUCAGCCAGCCAGCCAGCUAUCUACCGCAGCAGUUGUGGACCUUAACAGCUUGGCUAACAGGAAAUGGAAGUAGUAGGAGAGUUUGAGGCCCCUUUUUGGGCCUCUCUGUAGUCUGCUAGAUCCAGCCUUGGCAAACUUUUCAUCAAGGGCCUGAUAGUAAAUAUUUUAGGGUUUUCAGGCUAUAGGGUGGCAACCUCUGAACUCUGCAGUUGCCAUGCGAGAGCAGCCAGAGACAAUACACAAAUGGGUGUGGCUGUGUUCCAAUAAAAUUUUUUAAUUUUGAACACUGAAAUACGAGUUUCAUAUAAUUUUCACGGGUCACAAAAUCUUUACAAAGUUUUUAAAAUCAAAUGUCAAAACAAAACGUUAUUAGCUUGCAUGGAGAGGGGUGAGGAGUUAAAAAAAAGACAGCUGAGGGAUUUGGGCCAUAGUUUGUCCAUCCCAGCUCCAGAAAGAUUCCCAGAAAAGAGCAGAUGGGCCAGGAGUGCCCUGUAGGGAUUUGUUCAGUGAAAACUUCUCCCAUGGCUGCAGGGAUCAGAAUAUUUCAAACACCUUUCACAUGUUAAUUUCAGCGAGAGAAUUAAAGGGAAAGGAAAUUUCUGACAAAUAUGGAAAAGAACAUUUUAUAAUUAGUAAUCAUUAAUUUUAUAAAUUAAAUUACUAAUUUAAAAACACUUUGAGUUUACAAUGUGCAGAAAUUGUGCUAGGCCUGUUUCAAAUUCAGAAAUGAUGAGGCGUUAUCUUCGUCUACAGAUGGAGAUACCAAGGCUCCCACAGCUAGUGUGGCACAGGUAGGAACUUUCGGUAAACGGAGCUCUUCUGCAAGCCAGACCAGAUACCCAAGUUUGACUCAGCUCCAUAUUGGCUGGGAGGCACAGACACGCGCUCUGAAUUCAAAGGGUCCCGUUUGGUCAGUUAAGAGCCAAUAGGCCUCAGUAUCCCUAUCUGUGAGAUGGGGAUGACCCGCCCAAAUGCUCUGGUCUUGCGCAGCCUGUCCUAGGCCAGAAAGUGAGGGGGUGAGACUGGGCUCGGGUCUUCUGGCUGUCCCCGGGAGGGAGGAAAUGAGCUGGCGCCAGGGGGCGGGCUUUCGGCGAGGCCAGUCCUUGGCCGAGCGAUUCCCAGCGUUCCCCGAGGGCGUGCGCGGCCAUGGCGUUCCUGCUGGCUUCUCUGCGCGUUGUGCUGGGCGGCUUCUUCGUGCUCACGGGGGCAGCUAAGCUCUCGGAGCAGAUUUCAGCUCCGGUGUCGGAGCAGCUGAAAGCUCUGUUUGUGCAGUUUGCUGAGGUGUUCCCGUUGAAGGUGUUCGGCUACCAGCCAGAUCCCAUGAACUACCAAGUAGCUGUGGGCUGGCUGGAACUGCUGGCUGGGUUGCUGCUGGUCCUGGGCCCACCGGUGCUGCAAGAGAUCAGUAACUUGCUUUUGACUCUGCUCAUGAUGGGGGCUGUCUUCACUUUACUGUCUCUGCAAGAGUCACUGAGUACCUGCAUCCCAGCCAUCGUCUGCCUGGGCCUCCUGGUGCUGCUGGAUAUCUGCCACUUAGCCCCAACUAAGAAAGUGGCCAAGCCCACUAGGAAGAAGACUUCAAGAACUUUCAAGAAAUCUUGGGAAUAGAAGGUUUCUGCCUCUGUGCCAUGCAGCUGUCACAGCCAGAACAUGGUGGAACACAGACUCGACCACCUCCUUACCUAUAUAUCCAGCCAUCUGUUUCAACAGACAUCAUGCCUACCUGGCCUUGUAUUCUCUCUUUCUCUCUAUUAUGGCUGUUUAUUAAGGAGUAUGUGUUAUACAUACUAGCAUUCUUCAUGUCAUGUGAAAACAGAAAAUAAGCAAAAAAGAAAUUUAAAUAUUCUAAAACUCUAAUGCCCCCAAAUAACCACUUCUAAUUGCUUGGUGUAACUGUACCUCACCACUUUUUUCAAUGCUUUUAUACAGAUAAUUUUUCAAUGAAAA